AUGCUAAAGCCAAUCGACAACUGUACUCGCCAGGUUAAAUCGCUUGAUGGGCUAUGGCGCUUCGCGGUAGACUCCCCGGACUUAUCGUCUCCAUGGGCUGUUAGUCUCCCCGGAGCCAAGGAAUGUCCUGUUCCUGCUUCAUACAACGACGUGUUCUUUGAGCCAUCACUCCGCGACCACGUUGGUAGAGUCUGGUAUCAGCGAACAAUCACCAUACCCAAGGGCUGGGACAAAGAUCAGCGCGUUUUCUUGAGAUUUGAAGCGGCCACUCACGAAGCCGAGGUCUACGCGGACGAUCAACUCAUCGCUACUCAUGUCGGCGGAUACACUCCCUUCGAGGCCGAUCUCCAUGCUAAACCGGGAGUGGAAGUUAGAAUCACAGUUGCCGUGAAUAAUAUUUUAACACAUGAUACCAUCCCACCAGGUACAGUCAUCCAGUCCGAUACUGGCAAGGUCAAGCAGAAGAUCCUUCAUGACUUUUUCAAUUAUGCUGGACUUGCUCGAUCUGUCUCUCUAUGCUCAGUUCCAGUAAUUCGAGUGGAAGACAUCACUGUGGUGACGGAUGUGAAAGGCACAACAGGAUUAGUUAGAUAUGAUGUAGUAUUGAGGGGAUCCGCAGACAAAGAGCAGAUUGAACUGAUCGACAGGGAAGGAAACGUUGUCGCAACCUCCACCGGAACACCCUCGGGCACUCUGUAUGUGGAAGAUGUACAUCUGUGGCAGCCCGGUGCCGCAUAUCUAUACACACUGCGUGUUCGACUAUUUAAAGACUCUUCCGUAGUCGACCAAUACACUCUUGCUGUUGGGAUAAGGACUAUUCGCAUUGAGGGAUUGCAAUUCCUCAUCAACAACAAGCCGUUCUACUUCCGCGGAUAUGGCCGACACGAAGAUACUCCCGUCAAAGGGAAAGGACACGAUAACGCUUGGAUGGUGCACGAUUUCGAGUUGAUGAAGUGGUCCGGAGCAAACUCUUUUCGAACGUCACAUUACCCUUACGACGAAGAAGUUAUGGACUACGCAGAUAGACACGGCUGGGUUGUGAUUGAUGAGACCGCUGCUGUAGGACUGAAUCUCAAUAUCGGAGGAGGCCUCUUCGGUUCCGGCGGCAAGAUUACAUUUUGCGACGACUACGCGAGCGAUCGGACACAGGCCUCACAUAAACAGGCGAUCCGCGAGCUAGUUCAACGUGAUAAGAAUCAUCCCUCUGUCGUCAUGUGGUGUAUAGCCAAUGAGCCUGACUCUGGAGAAUCUGGAGCGAGGGCAUACUUUCAACCUCUGGCGGAACUCACCCACCAGCUUGAUCCUACCCGUCCAGUCACAUUCACCAAUCUCGGCAUGGUUCCUCCAGAAAAGGAAACGAUUGGCGAUCUCUUCGACAUCAUCAGCCUGAACAGAUACUACGGGUGGUACGAGGACACCGGUGAUCUUGAGGCUGCCGAAGUACAUCUGGAGACAGAAUUGUACCGGUGA